CAUAAAAGAAUAAAUAAAAAAAAAAUAUGAAAAAAAUACAAGAAAAUAAAUAAAAAAAAAUCCUAAAUAAAAUGCAGUGGUGCAACGCAACAUAAAGAAAUUUAAUUUGGUUUACAACAAAUUAUUAAUUUUUGAUCCCAUUACUUUAUAAUGGGUAAGCCACCAUAUAUUUACACGGAAUCUGAAUCAGAAGAUACAUCGAUUAGUUCUACUGAAAAUAAGAAGAAAAAGAAGAAGAGGUUUUCCAUCCUCAAGUACACUAGACGUAGCGUAAAGAAACAGAAAUGUAAACUUCAAAGCAAGUCGGAGCCUGAUGACUCAGACUACCACAGCAAGGGUAGCAAUGUGAGGUACAAAAUACCUGGUAUACUGAAACACUCGCAUGUCGAGCGGGAGAGAGAAACCUCAGACGAUGACAGCGAGCCUAUGAAGCCUAAGGGUCACGACAAGUACCUGGUGGGGCGGGUGCCCCGGCCAGCUGGAACGAAACCCGGCCGGGGGGGAGGCGUCGCCAUCAUUGUCAAGAAGCAUGUUAACAAGAUACCAGGCCCGCAGAGCGCGACGACUAGUCCGAAAAGAACGAAGGCAUCAAAACUUCGCCGGCUGUCCAAGAAGAGGUCUUUCUAAUUUCGGAAGAAUAAAUCGUAUAUAGAUGGUAACGAGUGGGGAAUACGAACGAGGAUGUGGACCGAAGUAUUGGCGCAAGAGUCAGUUAUUUUUAUAAUAAGUUCUUUUUUAUUUUAUAUUAUAUUUAUGUCCAGUUUUGAAUAUUACAUAGUAUACUUAUUAUAUUAUAGUCCUUUCGAUGCUA